UGGCCCCACCGUUGCCGAAGCCAUAAACUAUGGCGGCCCUGGUUGGAGCAUUGAAGGUUACUCUGAAUGCAGCCCCAAUUGCGAUGGAUUUCCUAUCCCAAAUGCGUUCUUAGAGUUCCGUGCCCCGAAUGAACCACAGCGCGAGCAAGGCGACGAAGUUUCACAGCCAGUUCACGGCUUGGUCCAGCCUCAAAGACGCGAGCGGCUUCCUAGAAACCGUCUACCAGCGCCGAAUCGGGACGGUAAAGCGACAGGGAGCGAACUUAGGAUGAACAAGCAACAGGUCAGAUCCCAAAAGAGGCGCAGAGACGAACCGUUCCCGCAACACUCUAGGAAAAAGACCAUGAUGCACCGUUCAGUUGAUAUGAUAAUGACUGGAACCGAGAUCUCCAAUGAUCUGGUCUCGCGGAUGGUGACAGCUAUUCAGAGUAGAGACGCAAUCCAGCAGUUCUUCGAUAUUGUCAACGGUCGUCGAGACCCCGAACCUACAGCGAUACAAAUAUAUCUCACCACAAAUGCGUCCAAAAGACAACUUCGGGUCCUAGAUGCAGCCCAAAUGCUCGAGAACGAUGUGAAAAUCAUCCAUAUGCUUUCACGCAAGACUGCCUUUCAUAACUUCCUUACUCGGUUGUUCCAAGUCCGUCUUGCCGAUCAUAUCGACGAGAUCAACCAAGGCCGUCUAAGGACUGACCCAGCUGUCAUUGGAAAAAUCCUUAAGCGCACGGGGAUGAACCGCCGCCAGUGGAAGCAACAUCGAACUGAGGGGGCGCAGUGGCGGGCAUACUGUAAGGCGUUUCCAGGUAUCCUUUGCUUCAUCCCCUUCGAAACUCAAAGAUUUGGCUUUUCGCCUACAUCUUGGCUCAACCUCGACGAAGGAGACUUUGCCUCGUUACUUUCUCAUCUGAAACCCGAGUAUAUGUCAUCUCUCUGCGUCGCGGGCAGAGCAUUUGAACACUCCCUGGAUCCCGCGGCAGACGAUGUCGACUUCAUCUGGGAAAACCUGAGCAUAUCACUGGACAAAAUUUCGGACAGAGAGUUAGUCUCCAUUCUGGAAGUCUUCCCAGCAAAGGACGAAAACAUAUAUAAUCCCGAUGCGUACCCAGAUUGGCCCAGACCAGAAGAAUGGCCCAAUGAUUCACCGUGGCCGGUUGACCCAACAUCCCUGCCUGCUUCUGGUGGGAUUGAGUGCAAGUUGUGUCAUCAGAGCAAUUGCCCUUGUUACCUGUGCCAUAAGAGAAAUUGCCAUUGCGCCGCUAUUCGUCACGACAUACAGCCUCGCAUCCGGAAUUAUGAAGACAAGUACGAGGCCAAAAACCGAGGUCUACAAGCCGUCGCGAAGGAAGCGGGCCAAAUCGCCUAUUCCAAGGGCACCAUUAUCGCCUUCCUUACGGGGGUAUUGACGCCUCCCGACACGUACGACAACGGUCAAUGUAUACAGGUAGACCGAAGCGAUAUCCUCGGCGAGCCCACAGUCGCCCAGAUUAACUGUACUGAGUCCGGCAAUAUCUCUCGACUGUUCAAUCACAGUUGUGACCCAUUGGCCCGCUUCAAGGGCAUGAGGGUAUCAGGGAAGUUUAGGAUGGCAAUCGUUGCUGAAGAAAACAUUUAUGAUGGGGAAGAAAUCACUGUCCACUACGGCCAACAGUAUUGGAGAAGGCAAAAGUGUCGAUGUCCUGUAUGCCGGUUAGCCGGCAAACACCCAUGGCGAGAAGAUCACCGUCAAUUACGGGAACAGGUCGCUGAGGGGCGAGAAACAUCUUUGCAUUGAUGCUAAUAGCUAGACGAUUGGAGUGCUUACACUGCCGAAGGCGUGAGUCUUCGCUACAGACAGAAAAAACGAUCAUCCUUCGACCAGACUAGAAUUACGCGAAAAUACGGUAUUUCUAGUCUGGACUGGCCCAUGCGUGAAUGGUCUGGUCCAUCCGGGUAUGGCGGAAAUUUAUUUCUUGGAUGGCGCCAUUCCUGCUUCGACGCGAACACUGCGUCUUGGCGUGAAACACUAAUUAGGUGCAUUUCCACAUAACAUUGUUUCAUAGAGAUAGCAAG